AGGCUUUUCGGGGUUUCUCCCACAGUUUACUAACAUUCUUCUCCUAUCAUCAGACCUCACUUUCAUCACUCCCUCGACUACCCAUUUUUUCUACUCAUUUUUCUUUCCAGUCUUUUUGUACUUUUUCCACUGUUUUGACAUUCCAGAGUUUGACAAGACUGCAGUUCACAGUGAAGAUUUGUUUGAGCAUUUUUUUUUAUCACGGAGUUUAUCGGUUAUUCAAUGUGUCGGGGAAAAUUGUUAUUUUUAGUGGGAGAAAUUUGAAAAGUGUGGGAAGUAUCAGUGAUUCGGUGUGAUUGGUUCAGAAGAGGGUAAAUGGUUGGUUGAUGUGUGAUGCAGGGCAUUAUGCCGGUGAAGACAAAGUCAAGAGUCACUGAAAAUAUGGGGGUGUCUAGUGGUCUGGUUGAUGAUCGGGCAAAGCAAGUUCUCAGAGAAGCUGUUGAUGCUGUUGUCAAUAGUUUUGCAAAGCAUACGCAAGGAUAUGGACGAGUGAAUGUUGUGGAAGCUCUCCAAGAAUUCUGGCAGAUGAAGCAGAGCAGAGGUACAGAAUUGCGAAAUGGAGCUCUCGUUAUUUAUGAAUCCGUACCAGGGGCGAGUCCUCCCUACGUCUGCUACGUGACGCUUCCUGGAGGCUCGUGCUUCGGAAGCUUUCAAAAUUGUCCAACUAAGGCUGAAGCUAGGAGAUCAGCAGCUAAAAUCGCUUUGAUGAAUUCGGUGUUCAACGAGCAUCCUUCUAGAAAAAUCACUGAUGAUUUCAUCGAGAAGGCUGUUGCUGAGGCCAGGGCUAGUUUUAAUAAACCAGCAUCGAAUUCUAAUGGAGUUAAUGGACAGGCACAAGGAAGUGGAGAUGAAAAAGAAGAUCCAAACACGGGAAUCGGGGCAUUUCGUUUCAUGCUGGAGUGCAACAGAGGCAGAACGAUGCUAGAAUUCCAGGAGUUGAUGACAGUUUUUCAGCUGCUGCACUGGAAUGGCUCGUUGAAAGCUAUGAGAGAGAGGCAGUGCAGCAGACAAGAAGUCGUUGCUCAUUACAGUCAUCGAGCUCUGGAUGACGAUAUGCGCAGUCAAAUGGCACUUGAUUGGGUAGCUAGAGAGCACGAAGGUGGUGGAGGUGUAGUUGCCAUGGAGUUGGGACUCGCUGAGAGAGAGUUGGAGACUGCUAGACUCGCUGGACGCGAAUUGAGAUUUCCUAAGGAGAAAAAGGAUAUUUUAAUGCUUGCUCAUGCCCAAGUUUGUCCCCAGUAAUUUCAUCUAUUUAUUCCCUCAUGAAGUGAUAGGAAUUCUUUCAUAAAUCCACAAAUUAUUGUACUGGCGUGGGAAAAGUAUGUAUUGCUCGCGUUCGCGUUCUCCGACUUGAAAAUUCUGGAAAUGCAAUGAUUAUUGAAUUCGUUCAAGUACGAGGGAAUUUUAGAAAAAAUAUACAGAUUAAUACUUUAGAGAAAAUUUUAAAACCUGCAACUAAGGCUGAUAUUUUGUCCUAGAAUGGGUGGUACUUAAAUUAAAUUUCGAAUCAAUAAUAAAUUUAGAUUCGAUGAAAAAUUCUGCCAUAAAUAUUUUGUGAAGUCUCUUGGAGAGACUUCGAGGAGUCGUUCAUGGAGUGUGUUGGAGUCAUUGAUAAAUUUUAACUUUCUCAAAUCGUUGUUUGUUUGAUCUUAAUUUAUCAUCACUUCGUUAUUUAUCGAAAAUCACUCUAUCCACUCGUCAAAAUGACAGAAAUUUCAAGACUCAAAUUGAAAAAUUUUUAAUGUUUCUGCUUUUUAUACGUGAGAGCAGCUAGAGUCGAAGGCAAAUGAGGGUACUUAACAUUCCGAAUUGAUAAUUGUAUAUAAAAUAUCAGACGCAGCUUCUGGGGCUGUAAAUGUCCUGGAAGUCUCCUGGGUCUUCCACUAAAUUAACUGUACUUUUAAAUUGGGCAUUGGUGGCAUGAAUUAUCUACGAAGUAGACAAACAUCUGUCUAACUUGUCCAAGUGAUAUUUUUAGCAGCAUUUUAUAUUACUUUUUAUAGUCUAUCUUAACAUUCGCCAUAAUCUAUCCUGAGGAGAUUCUAGUAAAUCAAGCAUUAUUUUUAAAAAUGUAAAAGUGACUCAACACUUAUUUGGGAACAUUUUGUGCGUUAAAUAAAUUCUAUAGAAACUCCUCAAACCAUAAUACUAUAGUAAAGUGAUAAAACGUAAUGAGUUGAGGUGUCUACCUGAAUUUUAGUCCAAUCGAGCCGAAUAUUAAAGAAAAAAUUCAAUGACUGAUGGGUUGUUGUGCGAAUUCCUUUAAAAAAAUAGAGCUACAUAUAGCCGAGCUUCGAAAAUUGACUUGUUUUGUUUUAUUACAUUUCACUUUUUCACUACUGAAUUUGUUUAUUAUUCUACAAUAAUUAAGAAACAUAGAUGUUAGAAAAAAAUCGCGAUAUAAAGUGGUGUAAAUGGAGCAUUCAAUUACAAUCAAAAUAUUCGUAGAGAACUAGUUAAAGAAAAGAAAAUUCGCAUCAUUAACUUUGACAAGUAAAAUGCAUUCCUGAUUAUUCCUA